GUGGACAAGUGGUCUUCGUCUUCUCGUAUUGAUCUCCCGUUCUCAUAUUCAUCGCCAAUUUCAUCUCCCGAUUUCCGCCGGUCGAGUGCCGCCUAUACCAAAUAGAUCGGACCGGAAAAAGAAUGGCAACCCCAGCUCCGGACGACUUCAGGAACCACAUAGCGGUGGCCAAGGCGGCAUCUUCCGCGGCAUCCGUGACGGCCACCAUGAUGGUGGUGCGGUCCGUGGUUCAGCCAUUCCUCCCCCGUGAACUCCGGGGUUUCCUCUUCUCUGGGAUCCGUGGCUUCCUGUCUCGCUUCUCCAACGAAAUGACCAUGGUCAUUGACGAGUACGAUGGGAUCAACCCGAACGAGCUCUACCAGGCGGCCCAGGUGUUCUUGCCUGCCAAGCAAUUCCCUUCAAUGAGGCGCGUCCGGGUGAGCAAGCCCGUGAAGGAGGACGAGUUAACCCUUGCUAUGGACCAGAAUCAAGUGCUGGUGGAUACGUUCGCCGGGAUCAAACUCAAGUGGGUUUUUGCAUCGAGACAAGUCGGCUCGGGCAACCGCGGCCUGAACUCACCGGCAUCGCGGGAGGUUCAGUUCUUUGAGCUCACUUUUCACAAGAAACAUGAGGAGGUCGUGCGCAAGUCCUAUCUGCCUUUCAUCGUCAGCCAGGCCAGGUCCAUGAAGCAGGAGAAGAAGACGUUGAAGCUAUACACUGCGAGCUUUGACUGCGGCUAUGGCGAUACGUGGAGCUCGGUGAAUCUCGACCACCCGGCGACAUUCGAGACAUUGGCCAUGGACCUAGAGCUCAAGAAGAAGCUCAUCGAUGAUCUCGAGAGGUUUGUGGCGAGGAAGGACUAGUAUAGGAGAGUCGGCAAGGUGUGGAAAAGAGGGUACUUAUUGUAUGGACCCCCUGGCACAGGGAAAUCGAGCCUCGUUGCGGCAAUGGCCAAUCACUUGAAAUUCGACAUAUACGACCUAGAGCUCAGUGGGCUCCAGGGUGAUGCGGACCUCAGGAGCCUGCUCAAACAUGGGAAUCAGUCCAUACUGGUGGUAGAGGACAUCGAUUGCAUUGUUAAGUUGCAAGAUAGGAUGUCCGAAACACAAGUUGCAGGCGCGAGUGCGAUGUCGACCGUCUCCUUUCAAGAAAAUCAAGUAACACUAUCUGGAUUCCUCAACUUCAUCGACGGACUUUGGUCAAGUUGCGGCGAUGAGCGGAUCAUAGUCUUCACAACAAACCACAAGGAGAGAUUAGACUCAGCCCUAUUGCGCCCAGGGCGUAUGGACCUGCACAUUCCCAUGUCCUAUUGCACCCCAUGCGGGUUUAGACUUCUUGCUUUUAAUUAUCUUGGGAUCGAUCACCAUGAGCUCUUCAUCCGUAUUGAGAGUUUGCUCGAGAAGGCUAGAGUCACUCCGGCUGAAGUUGCUGAACAACUGCUGAAGAGCAACGAACCGGAGGUUGCUCUCAGGGAUAUGGUUACCUUCCUUGUGGAUCACAAGAGGGAAGAGAACGAAGAAGUCAUUUAGGAGAGAGCUCGUUGGUGCGAAUUUGUCGAAAGAAAAUGGGGAGCGAGUAGGAAAGCAAGACGGGGAAAUUAAUUGAAACAUAGAUAAUAAAUAUCGAAGGUUUUGGUACGUCUCCAUCGAUUUAAUUCAGAUUAUUAUGUGAGUUCUUUGUAUCAAGAAAGAUGACAUGUGACAACAUUGAAGAACUCAUUUAAGUUUGAUUUACUUUUCUUGUAAAUUCUCUUCGAUUGUUACC